GGAGACUGCAGAGUCUCUGAGAGCCUUCCUCUAGUGUAGUUCAGGAGCCUCAGUUCAAAGCUUGUAGCUGGAGGAUCCUCACAGCCACAUAGACCUUGCUCAGCUUUCCUCUUGUCCACAGAGGUCUCUGCCUUCCUCCAUGCAGUACUGGACUGGCUGCAGCAGCUGCCUGAAUCCUGCCCAGAGCUGCCUCCUCUCUUCAGAGCAUCUCUAGCCUCUUCCUUCUUACUCCCCAUCCCGGUUCAAGAAGAAGACCCAUGGCCUGGCAAGCCAAGUCCCUGCUAUUCCGCUUCCUGCUGGUGCUUCUGGCCCCAGACUCCUGGACACAGGACACAGAGUUCCUUCAAAGAAUGGAGGGCCAGACUGUUUCUGUGACAUGCCGGUAUGGUUCCAACCAACGCUGGAAGGAGAAAGUCUGGUGUCAGAAAACAUCAGCAGAAACUUGUCAAAUCCUAGUGUCGAGUGUGAACACAGGAGCUGCAGGACUACGAUACACCAUCCAGGACCAUCCUGAGUCUCACUUCUUCACUGUCAAAAUGACUGCGCUCAAACGGAGUGACUCAGGCACCUAUUACUGUGCGACCGCUGAAAAUCGCAGAACCAACUCUACUUAUGUGCAGAUCACUAUUCUCAGAGCCAUCCGCCUGUCGGUGGCAAAAGAUAAUCCAAGUAUUCCUACCUCUGUCAUGAUUCCGAGUUGGACAGUAUCUGAAGUUCCUGCCUUCAGGACCACAAAGGACCGGAGUACCACUGCUGCCAGGCUCUCCACAUCCAGCAUUAUUAUUCUCAUGGUCUGUGGACUCUUCAGUAAGACUCUGAUCUUCACUGUCUUGUUUGCUGUCACACAAAGGUCAUUUGGAUGACAGAGCAUGAAGCCACACAACAGUAACCUCUGACCUCCAGCCAUGUCUGUCUCACAGAAGGAGCUGGGGUGGAGGGCUAAGAUGAAGCUCUGACAAGAACUGAGGCUGUGAUUGCAGGUGACAUCUAAGGCUCAGGAUGCUCACUCUCCUCAGUUCAUCAGUCAUCUGGGAUGUGUGACCUCAGAAGAGAGGAAGCAACCUCAGCACACGCUGGCCAUUCCCCCUAAUAGGAGG